AUGCAUAACUCUACAUCUCCCUUUGGAGGUGACCAUUUAAAAGCAUUUCCUGGCCAGGCAUGGUGGCUCACACCUGUAGUCACACGGCAGGUUAGCGGUGGCGCCGCCCGGGUCCUGGCCCCAAGCGACCCCGAGCGCGGGCAGUCCCUGGCGGCCGCCGUGGCCGAGCUACCGGUGCUGGACGCCCGCAGGCAGCAGGUGCCGUUCGGCGCACUGUUCCGGGAGCGCCGCACCGUGGUGGUGUUCAUGCGGCAUUUCCUGUGUUACAUCUGCAAGAAAUACGUGGAGGAUCUGGCCAGAAUCCCCAAGAGUUUCUUACAAGAAGCAGAUGUCACCUUGAUAGUGAUCGGACAGUCAUCCUACCAUCAUAUUGAGUCUUUCUGCAAACUGACUGGAUAUUCUCAUGAAAUCUAUGUCGAUCCUGAGAGAGAAAUUUAUAAAAGAUUGGGAAUGAAAAGAGGUGAAGAAAUUGCCUCCUCAGGACAGAGCCCCCACAUAAAGUCAAAUCUACUCUCAGGAAGCCUUCAGAGCCUGUGGCGGGCAGUGACCGGCCCUCUCUUUAAUUUUCAAGGAGACCCAGCUCAGCAAGGUGGAACCCUCAUUUUAGGUCCAGGUAACAACAUCCAUUUUAUAGACCGUGAUAGGAAUAGGUUGGAUCACAAACCUAUCAACUCUGUUUUACAGCUUGUAGGAGUUCAGCAUGUGAACUUUACAAACAGGCCUUCAGUCAUCCAUGUGUGACUUAAAAUGGAAUCAGUCAGUUUCAACUGGACGUUUUGGAAUGUGACCUUCUGUAAUAUCCUUGUGCAGUGUCUAACCUGCUGUCCCUUCCCAGCCUUUGAGGACUUAGGGAAGCAUAACAGGGCCUUGAACUAGUGAACUGCAUGCUGAAGAAGCAUCAGUUGUGGAAAAUGUGAUAUAUACUUGCAUUCUGUAUAAAAUUUUACACAAAAUAACAAAAAUGAAUAUACAAAAUAUAACCUUAAAAGCUAUAAAGUCAUAAAUACCAUUUAAAUUAUUUUACAUUAUCGUAUAUUCAGUCAAUGAAAGAUUUGGC